GGAACUUUCGCGAUGAGUGAAGCGGAGGUGAACCCCAAGGCGUACCCGUUGGCGGACGCCACCCUCACCAAGACGAUGCUGGACUUGGUGCAGCAGGCGUCCAACUACAAGCAGCUGCGCAAGGGAGCCAACGAGGCCACCAAGACUCUGAACCGCGGCACGUCCGAGUUCAUCGUGAUGGCGGCCGACGCGGAGCCACUGGAGAUCAUCCUGCACCUGCCGCUGCUGUGCGAGGACAAGAACGUGCCGUACGUGUUCGUGCGCUCCAAGCAGGCGCUGGGACGCGCCUGCGGCGUCUCGCGGCCCGUCGUCGCCUGCUCCGUCACCAUCAAGGAGGGGUCGCAGCUCAAGCCGCAGAUCCAGGCGGCGCAGCAGAGCAUCGAGAGGCUGCUCGUGUGAGGCGGUCGCCGCGGCAGGAGAGGGCCCCCCCCCAGAGGUCGCAACCGGGUACCUGAUACCCGUACCCUACCCGA